AUGUGUUGUUAGAAGCGUUGUGCGAAUACUGAUGCCACUUGCAUUGAUGGUCGCAUCUUUUAUAACGCCACCUACCGGAAGAGUACAACGAAAGGAAAACUCCAUCUGCAAGGUCGUAAUUUGGGGCGGAAAACGUGUCACUUUGGUUUCGUUAUAAAAGCAGACGAUAGUUGGGUCAAACAAUCACAGUUUACUUGCAACGUUUUCGCGAUCGAAUCCAAUCAAUCGGAGCACUCAUCUGUAAACAUGAAGGGAUUCAUCGCGAUCGCCGUCCUGGCUCUAGCCGCUGUCUCCAACGGAUCAUACCUGCCAGCAGUGCAAUCGGUUCUACCGUACUCCUACAACUCAGGACUGUACGGCCUGAACGGUUAUGACGGUCUUGGUCAUUACUCUGGACUUACUGGACUGGGAUACUCCUCGGUGCUGGGUCAUGGACUGUCCUACCCGUACUCGGCCGCUUUCCCGUACUUUGACUACAACAAUGGUCUAUAUGGAGGAUACUACGGCGCCAAGGUCGCUCCUACUGUGGUCCAGGCCAACGUCAACACACUGAAGUCGGUUAGUCCUCUGGGUCUGUACGGAGGAUACUACGGCGCCAAGGUCGCUCCUACUGUUGUUCAGGCCAACGUCAACACUCUGGGUCUGUACGGAGGAUACGGUGUGGACCACGGAUACGGUCUCGGUCACGGAUACGGUUUUGGUCACGGAUACGGCUACGGAUACAAGAACUACCUCCCAGUCCAGGCUCAUGCUGCGAAGACAUCUGGUGAACCAGAAGUCGAUUGUGGCGUAAAUGAAAGUGAUAAUGAUCAAUGGGGAUUCAUCACGAUCGCCGUCCUGGCUCUGGCCGCUGUCUCCUACGGAUCAUACCUGCCAGCAGUGCAGUCGGUUCUACCGUACUCCUACAACUCAGGACUGUACGGCCUGAACGGUUAUGACGGUCUUGAUCAUUACUCUGGACUUACUGGACUGGGAUACUCCUCGGUGCUGGGUCAUGGACUGUCCUAUCCGUACUCGGCCGCUUUCCCGUACUCUGACUACAACAACGGUCUUUAUGGAGGAUACUACGGUGCCAAGGUCGCUCCUACUGUGGUCCAGGCCAACGUCAACACACUGAAGUCGGUUAGUCCUCUGGGUCUGUACGGAGGAUACUACGGCGCCAAGGUCGCUCCUACUGUAGUUCAGGCAAACGUCAACACUCUGGGUCUGUACGGAGGAUACGGUGUGGAACACGGAUAUGGUCUUGGUCAUGGAUACGGUUUUGGUCACGGAUACGGCUACGGAUACAACAACUACCUCCCAGUCCAGGCUCAUGCUGCGAAGUACGUUGCUGCCAACCCGGGAGCCGUCCAUGUGGCUCCUCUCCCAGGACAUCUGGUCAACCAGAAGUCGAUUGUCAAACGAUCACAGUUCACUUGCAACGUUUUCGCGAUCGAAUCCAAUCAAUCGGAGCACUCAUCUGUAAACAUGAAGGGAUUCAUCACGAUCGCCGUCCUGGCUCUAGCCGCUGUCUCCAAAGGAUCAUACCUGCCAGCAGUGCAGUCGGUUCUACCGUACUCCUACAACUCAGGACUGUACGGCCUGAACGGUUAUGACGGUCUUGGUCAUUACUCUGGACUUACUGGACUGGGAUACUCCUCGGAGCUGGGUCAUGGACUGUCCUACCCGUACUCGGCCGCUUUCCCGUACUUUGACUACAACAAUGGUCUAUAUGGAGGAUACUACGGCGCCAAGGUCGCUCCUACUGUGGUCCAGGCCAACGUCAACACACUGAAGUCGGUUAGUCCUCUGGGUCUGUACGGAGGAUACUACGGCGCCAAGGUCGCUCCUACUGUGGUUCAGGCCAACGUCAACACUCUGGGUCUGUAUGGAGGAUACGCAGUGCAAUCGGUUCUACCGUACUCCUACAACUCAGGACUGUACGGCCUGAACGGUUAUGACGGUCUUGGUCAUUACUCUGGACUUACUGGACUGGGAUACUCCUCGGUGCUGGGUCAUGGACUGUCCUACCCGUAUUCGACCUCUCUUCCGUACUCUGCCUACAACAACGGUCUGUAUGGAGGAUACUACGGCGCAAAGGUCGCUCCAACUGUGGUCCAGGCCAACGUCAACACACUGAAGUCGGUUAGUCCUCUAGGCCUGUACGGAGGAUACUACGGCGCCAAGGUCGCUCCUACUGUGGUUCAGGCCAACGUCAACACUCUGGGCCUGUAUGGAGGAUACGGUGUCGGUCACGGAUACGGCUACGGAUAUAACAACUACCUCCCAGUCCAGGCUCAUGCUGCGAAGUACGUUGCUGCCAACCCGGGAGCCGUCCAUGUGGCUCCUCUCCCAGGACAUCUGGUCAACCAGAAGUCGAUUGUUGCGUAAAUAGAAGAU